AUUUUUUAUUUGUUUAUAUUAAAUCCCUUAUGAAUGAGAAUUGAGUCACACUGGUUUUUUUCAAUUAUUGCACAAGUUGAUGUUGAAUUGGUUGAAUUGUUAAUUCAAUUUCAUAAGUAGGUUGGUAUGUGGAAUUCGGUUUUUGUUGAAGCUAUUUUAGCUCCAUAAGAUAGUUAAAUGAACUCCGAAUUCAUAUGUGAAUCUUUGUCGUGCCUUGUGUUCGUUGAUUUUAAGGAAUUUGGACUUCUUAGCCCCAUAAGUUGAUUCAUUUUCAUUAGAAUUCGUUAUGGAGUGAUUUUGUUACGUUAUGUGUUUGUUUUCCAUUUUCUUUAAAUUGAGACCGUUUAAGUGCAAUAAACAAAUCUCUAUUUAUUGAAAAUAUGUUGUGUUCUUCUAUAUCAAGAUGACUACAACCAACCUGGACCAAUGUACAAAGAUCAACCUGAUCCGCUCGUCGAAGAAAUAAUAAGAUUAGAACCGAAAAUUUUCUACCUCGACGAAGUUCUAUUCGCUGAAGGCUCCUGGUACGAACCACCUUACUGUCGUGACUACACCUUGUUUGCUGAAGAACAAAUCGAAGCAAACAAGGUGGCAAUUCUAGAAAGAGCAAAACUUCUUGAAUCAGUCUGGAAGGAAAAAGAAUUUGAGAGGAGAUUAUGCGAUGGAUCAGAAAUGAUGCAGAAGAUGCUGGACGACUUCCAAAGAGAGAGACUAGAAGCCGAGGCUAAAGCUGAUAGAUUAGUCAAUGAUCUAUGCAAGCCUUUUGAGCUUAAACGCUCCCUCCAAUCUUAAGAUCAAAUGAGGGAGAUUAAUGCUCAAAAAGAGGCUCUAGAACCUAAGACCAACCCUGAACGAUUCAACGAUCAGGUCCAGGUUCUAGAAGAUUCACCUAGUUCCACACCAUCACAGAAACCGAGAGCAUAACAACUCUCGCUAGGGCUACUGUGGUGAUGUUACCUGAAUGUCCUCCUAGCCAAGUCUCAACCAGUGAAGUCGUACAUGAGGUGGAACCAACUCAGGGACCUGACUCAGAACCAUCGAUGCUUAUUCAAUAAAAGAAGAAGGAAGUUUUGCCUAUGGCAAUAAAUGACCAUCUCCUUA